AUGCACAAUUACUUUGGAUCAGUGCCUGAAUGGUCACCAACUUUUAUGCCAUAUCAAGCUGGCAACCAAAUUUCAAGCAACAUUCAGAAUGUUGGUUACCCAUUUCAAUAUGGGAUGAGACCUCCGAGGCCAAUUAUCAAUACAAGCUCCACAACUAGUGCAAGAGUUGGUGACCGAGAUACACCUGAUUGUUUGGAAACUGAAGAGCCAUGUAAUUCCGCUAAAGUUGAUGAAGAGAAUAUCAUGGAUAGAUCGAAUGAACAGGAAAUCGAUGAUGGCACUACCGGUACACCACAGGUAGGUCCAUCAUCAGAUGGUGAUGAUAUCAUCGAGGAGCCCAAGUCGGGGAUGAAGUUUAAUUCGUUUGAUGAUUUGUUGAGCUAUUAUAAGCAUUAUGCUAAAAAGAACGGGUUUGGGGUGAUGACCCAAAGGAGCGAGAGGGUCCUAGACACAAACGAUGUAGCUGGCAUCCGAUUGAAUAAGAGUUAUGGAUCUCUUGUCGUAGGGGUAGGUGGGUUUGAGAACCUCCCAUUUUUGGAGAAGGAUUGUCGCAAUUACAACCACAAAGCACGACAUCUACAACUUGGUGUAGGGGGUGCUGAAGCACUUCGAGAUUAUUUUAUGACGAUGCAGUUCAAAAAUAACGGGUUUUUUGCAUUGAUGGAUUUGGACGAUGACGGUAGGUUGAAGAAUGUUUUCUGGGCAGAUCCACGUAGUCAUGCAGCCUACCAAUAUUUUGGUGAUGUGGUGACAUUCGACACCACAUACUUGACAAAUAGUGUAUGGAUGGUAGCUCCAAAGGCCAUUAUUACUAAUCAAGAUAGAGCAAUGAAAAAUGCAAUUGCUAUUGUCUUUCCAGAAACACGAUAUAGAUUUUGCCUAUGGCAUAUACUGAAAAAAGUCUCUGAGAAGCUUGGGUUAUAUGCUGCGUACAAAAGUAGGCUGAAAACUGGGUUAAUGAAAUGUGUGUACGACACACAAUCUAUUGAGAACUUUGAAAAGUGUUGGGCCGAGUUUAUUAACACAUUUGAGUUAUAUGAGAAUGCGUGGUUGAAUAGUUUAUAUGCAGAGCGUGAUCAUUGGGUACCGGUUUUCCUAAAAGAGACCUUUUGGGCUGGAAUGAGUACAACCCAAUGCAGCGAGAGUAUGAAUGCCUUUUUUGAUGGUUAUGUCCAUUCGAAGACAAAUUUGAAGGAAUUUGUUGACUAG